GGCCUAGGGGGCGGGUGCCUGUCUGGUGGGUGGCAGAGUUCAGCUCCCUGGAGGGGCUAGGAGGGACGUCCCGAGGAAGGGUCUUGGAGGACGGAGUGGGCGGUGACAUCAGGAGAAAGCUCCCCCGGGCUGUCUCAGGGGAUCGAAGGUUUGGGGGGGACAGCUGGGGUCCCCAGUAGGUAGACCACUGUCCUGGCUGAGGGAGGUAGUUGUUGGCACCGGGCCUCGGGUAGGCAGGGGGCGAAGUCCUCGCAGAAGUAGGGGAAAGCUAGAGGAAGUAGCUGGGCCUGAACUUGGCACUGUGCCUGACACAGGGCGAGUGCAUCCCACCCACCCCACCCCGCCUUUCAGCUUUGCCCUCUGAGGCCCCUUCUCUGGCAGAGACCCUCCUCCCCUCCAUCUCUAGUGUUCCCUGACCCAUGGUUACCUGUGGCCGGGAAGGGGAGACAGUCAGUGUCUUGAGCCUAGGAGUGGAAUCCCAGCGCUGAUGAUAGUUCAUCUUAGUUUCUAGGAAUUGCGUUUAUUUCCCUUUUAUCCACAUAGGGUGGCACGGAACUCCCAUUACUCUACCCUUCCAUCUUUGAAUUAUUGGUUGGGAGUCUGCUUUCCAGACUGACUGCUGACUGUCAAGGAAUUCCUGAGCUUUUUCCAGUUCUGUGGUGGCUGCACCCUUGCUGGCUCCUGUAACCCAGGCAAUUUGUUUACAGAAAGUUCAGGAGCCCUGGAAAGGAGAAGGAAUAAGACAACAGAAGAAAGAGAGAGAGAGGGUAGAAUGGAAGAAUCUCACUUCAAUUCUAACCCGUACUUCUGGCCUUCUAUCCCCACAGUCUCAGGACAGAUUGAGAACACAAUGUUCAUCAACAAGAUGAAGGAUCAGCUGUUGCCAGAGAAGGGCUGUGGGCUGGCUCCACCUCACUACCCCACCUUGCUAACAGUGCCUGCCUCAGUGUCUCUGCCCUCAGGCAUCAGCAUGGACACAGAGUCCAAAUCAGAGCAGCUCACCCCACACAGCCAGGCAUCCGUCACCCAGAAUAUCACGGUGGUCCCGGUGCCGUCCACGGGACUGAUGACUGCCGGUCCUGGUUUGGUAAUCACAUCCCCCUCAGGCUCUCUUGUGACCACAGCCUCAUCGGCUCAGAGCUUCCCCAUUUCGGCUCCCAUGAUUGUGUCAGCUCUUCCCCCUGGCUCACAAGCUCUGCAGGUGGUCCCCGAUCUCUCUAAGAAGGUGGCAUCCACCCUCACCGAGGAAGGAGGUGGAGGCGGAGGUGGCGGUGGAGGGGGCAGUGUGGCUCCUAAGCCCCCUCGGGGCCGCAAGAAGAAGCGGAUGCUGGAGUCAGGGCUGCCUGAGAUGAGCGACCCGUAUGUCCUCUCCCCUGAGGAUGACGAUGACCAUCAGAAGGACGGCAAGACCUAUAGGAGCGAAGGGAACUGCGGCACAGGAAAUGGACAGAGCCUUGGGCUCAUGGAUUCAGUUCCCGGCUCCACCACGAACUUGCUGUGUGACCCUGGGUGCCGGAUGUGCUCCCUGACAUUCUACUCGAAGUCGGAGAUGCAGAUCCACUCCAAGUCGCACACCGAGACCAAGCCCCACAAGUGCCCGCACUGCUCCAAGACCUUUGCCAACAGCUCCUACCUGGCCCAGCACAUCCGUAUCCACUCAGGGGCCAAGCCCUACAGUUGUAACUUCUGUGAGAAGUCCUUCCGCCAGCUCUCCCACCUUCAGCAGCACACCCGGAUCCAUUCCAAGAUGCACACGGAGACCAUCAAGCCCCACAAGUGCCCGCACUGCUCCAAGACCUUCGCCAACACCUCCUACCUGGCCCAGCACCUCCGUAUCCACUCAGGGGCCAAGCCCUACAACUGUUCCUACUGCCAGAAGGCCUUCCGCCAGCUCUCCCACCUCCAGCAGCACACACGAAUCCACACCGGCGAUAGACCAUAUAAAUGUGCACACCCAGGCUGUGAAAAAGCCUUCACACAGCUCUCCAAUCUGCAGUCCCACAGACGGCAGCACAACAAAGAUAAACCCUUCAAGUGCCACAACUGUCAUCGGGCGUACACAGACGCUGCCUCGCUAGAGGUGCACUUAUCCACACACACAGUGAAGCACGCCAAGGUGUACACCUGCACGAUCUGCAGCCGGGCAUACACGUCGGAAACGUACCUUAUGAAACACAUGCGCAAACACAACCCUCCUGAUCUCCAGCAACAAGUACAGGCGGCAGCGGCAGCGGCAGCAGUGGCCCAGGCCCAGGCCCAGGCCCAGGUCUCCCAGGCUUCGCAGCAGCAACAGCAGCCACAGCCACCACACUUCCAGUCCCCCGGGGCAGCCCCCCAGGGAGGGGGCGGUGGGGAUAGCAACCCCAACCCUCCGCCCCAGUGCUCCUUUGACCUGACCCCCUAUAAGACAGCGGAGCAUCACAAGGACAUCUGCCUCACUGUCACCACCAGCACCAUCCAGGUGGAACACCUGGCCAGCUCGUAGAGAUCCAUGCUGCUGCCCAUGGGACGAGGAGAAGGAAGUUCCGGUGCCUUCUUUCUCUGACCCCUCUUGGUGGGCAAAGUCCUCUUCUUCCUGGACAAGCCUCGGUUCCGUGUGCUUGGGUCUCAGGCACAGCGCUCCUUCACAGCAUACCAUUGUUACUGUCAACUCCUCAUCAGAAGGAACGUCACCUUCUGACUGGCAAAGGCACACCGAGCUGAUGGUGUCCAGCAGCCCACCCAGCAGAGCCUUUCAAAUCGGGGCUUGGUGCUCACGGGAAGGAGUCACUGUGACCUCACAGAAACUUGCCUGUACAGGGCACUUCACCUCUCCGUUCCUCCUCAUCCAGAGCUCAAGGUGACAAGACUAGAAGCUCCUCUCCAGACGACAGAAGGGAGCCCUCGCAAGCUACCUUCUGUCCCGUGCUUGCCUUCAAAAGAACAGCGGUUUCUCGAGUGCCCAGCCGAGAGCCAUCCUCUCCCUGUAGUCUCACUCCACUUCCUGCCCACUGCUGGCGGAAGGGGAUUUGGGUGGGGAUUAAGAGCUGUGAUUGGCUGGGGCAAGGGCUGAGACAUGGUCCCCAAGGGGCCAGAGUGUCUCCAGGUGGCUGGGCUGGCUUGGCGGUGUGGGUCCCUUCUCUGCCCACCCAGUCAGUCCCUGCCUCCACUCCCGGCCCAGCCCCAAGGAGCUGUGGAGGGUGUGUUCUCUGUGAGACCCCAGGACCAGGGUGUUGUGGACAAGGGAGAGUUCAGGGCAAACAGGAGGACGACGUAGCUCCCAAGGUGCCACGGUCAGAUGCCGGACAUGGAUUUAUAUAUAAAUAUAUAUAUAUAUAAAUAUAUAUAUAUACCCACUCAUCACGGCCAUCUUUGUUGUAACCAUUUCUGUGUUUAUAAAUGCAUUAUCUCUGAGAAUUUUCAUAUUUGAUGUCUUAAUCUUAUUUUUGUUUUUUUAAAAAUCACCUUGUCUUCUGGCCACAGCAUUUUUAUUUCCUUUUGCCUUUUUUUUUAAUCAUAGCAGAUUUCUGAGAAAACAAAGAAUCAGGAAACAAGUUGUUAUAUAGCAAUUCAAAAAUGAAAAAAAAAAGAAAAACUUAUGUACAAACCAAGGGGUGUUUUUAGAACAUUGUAUAGAAAUAAACUGAUGUAAAAGGG